UCCAUCCUCAACCUGUCGACAAAGCAAGACCCUUUUGCCUUCUUGGCCACCUUCCACACCGUUCUUCUCGUCGACGACUCAACCAGAGGUCGUCGAGAAACGCCCUCACGCAUAAUGCAGGAGGCUGCGGGAGCUUUGACGGCAAUCUGCGCAGCACAUGACAUGGAGGGCGUCGACAUGUACUUUUUCAGCCUAGGUUCCAGUGGCUGGUUCAAACUGCGGUCCUCCGAGGAAGCGAGGAUGCCGUGGCAAUGGGCAACCGCUGCCUUUACCACGCCCAUGGGCGCCCGCAUUGACCAGAUCUUGACACCCUACCUGGACAAGUACAAGGCCGCGGCCGCCUCGGGUGAGACCAUCAAACCCAUCAACAUGGUUGUCCUCACGGCAAGCGUGUCGGCAGAUGACCCUGGCCCUGUCAUUGCCCGUAUUGCCCGCCAACUGGACACCCUGGAGGCGCCUCCACGGCAGAUCGGCAUCCAGUUCGUGCAGGUCGGGACAGACGAGGCCGUGGCUGAGGCGCUGCAAUCUCUGGAAGAUUAUCUUCGGCGCUGUCCUGGCGGCGAAUUCCGCCAGAUCGUCGAUAUCGCCACCUUUAAGACCCUCAAAGGAAGAGGCUCGGAGAAUUUUGUCACAGCAAGCAGCAUUCUGACUGUCAUGCUCGGUGCGGUCAUGCGAAGGUGCUGCCAGCGA